GCUGGCGCCGCAAGCUCAGUCUAGCUCAGGCUCCCGCGCAGCUCACACACCCUCGCGCCUCCCUUGCUGACCACUGCACACCUCUACCGACCCUCUUGGCACACUUACCACCUUCAACCCGACUCAGCAACAACCUGAAAAUACUCUCCCUGCCUCCCUCUCGCCUCCACCAUCGAGCCAGUAACACACACGGUCUUAAUAUUCACUAAACGUUGACGAUAUACAGGGGGAAGGUCACUGCUCAGAGACUUCUAACGAUCACGAGACGGACACGCUUGAGCCCCUGAGGUUAUUAAUCUUCCUGGUGACCUGUCGAGCACACACAGGCACGCCAGCUCUUGGUGAAUGGUUCGGAGAUCUGUUGGUGCAGCUUAGGCGGUGUUUACCUCGUGCGGGCACCAGCGCAGUCACCAACGCAGUCACCAACUUGUAAACAAGUGUUCAACAAGCACUUAACGCGGUACCUUGCAAGUGCUCACAGCGGCCUGUGGGGAGAGACAUACAUAGCCUGUGUAAGUGCAGCUUGAGGUUUACCUGCACAGGUAUUCGCGAGGCCUCCAGUGCCCCGCUUUUUUUCUAUCUUAAGUGUUGCCCAUUCGUCGCCACAAUUAAUAUGGCGGCAGCACUAGUGGCCCGCGGGCCGGUCCGUUCGCGGUCCACUGAGAUCCUGUGUGCGGGCUCCUUCAGCAUCGUGGUGGACAGUGUGGACGGGGACGUGACGGGCGGCGCCGCUGACGACGAGGUCUUCGGGGAGGACGGCGGUGGGGGAGACACCGACGCCCGCAGCGACGUCUCCAACGCCUCCAGCCGCGGCUCCAGGACCUCCAUCACCAAGGAGGAGGCCGACGCCAAGCUCGCGCUCUUCAAGACGGAGGCGGCCGCAAGACUGUCGGAGUUGGAGCGACUGCUGGACGAGCACGACCAGAUCAUCCGAGAACUGAAGCGUUCAGAGAGUGACAGCGGGUGCAUCAACUACGCAGGGGUGACCUCUCCCCCUUCCUCAGCCUCCAAACUCAACAUGCUGCCCAUCACCGUGACCCCGCCCAUCACCUCCAGGACCGCCCCCACGUCCCCGCUCUGCUCUCAGCCCCGCUCCGCCCAGCACCACCCAACCUGGAAGAUCGACACUGAAGAUCUUGACUGAAGGAAUUUCUUUCUCUAGCGGAAGAGCAGAGGUUAUCUCACAGAAAGUCUGUAUGAUUCGGGGAGGGGGGAAGGUAUGGAUGGGGGGGGGGUGGUGGCGACCAGAGAUUCAAACGUUGGAAAGUUGUGUUUACCCUUGAAAUUGAUGAAGCAUGUGUGUGCAUGCGGCAUGAUGAUUGUUAUGAUAAAAAUUGGAAUUGAUUGAUAAAUGUAUUCAAAAUGUACUCAAAUAAAUUAUUCAAUCUCCAAAAUCUGCGGAGCAAAACAUUACAUAAAUAAGCUUUUCAAGAAUAAUGAAGAGCAAGUCAUUCAUCUUUAUAACUUGUUGAUUAGGCUGCAUAACUUGUUGAUUAGGCUGCAUAACUUGUUGAUUAGGCUGCAUAACAGCACUAUAAAGAGAGAGGAAUGUUGAGUUGCACACACGUACACAGCAUAGACGAGUUGAACACGUACACAUAAAGGAUGGAUGAGUUGCACCCUACACAGUGAGGAUGGUCAGGUGUAACAUGUUCACAGGGACGAGGGGAAGCAGGGGGACAC